UGAAGAACAAAAGUGAAAGUAAGAGACCCCAUAAAAGCAGCAUGCUGCCAUCAACACUGCAGUGUGACUGCAGUCAGAGCAACAGAGAAGAUAUGGGGCACUGGCUUUCCAGACCAACUUCACCACCACCUCCACAACCUCAACCUCUGUUGGAUCGACCAUGGAGGACUCUGCCGAGCAGCAGAGAAAGUCUGGCCUUUCUGAAAUCUUACAAACCCCUAAACGGAGAAGUCAGUCAUCUCAGGAUUCUGCUCUAUGGUCCCGUUGGUGCUGGAAAGUCCAGUUUUGUGAACUCUGCUGACUCCGCUUUAAGAGGCCGUCUUGCUGGGCGAGCUGGUGUUGAUGCAAUCUCUGGGAGCAGCUACACCAAGCAAUACAAGACUUACAAAAUCAGAAAAGACAAUCAGAGCCACUAUUCUUUUGUUUUCAACGACAUCAUGGGAAUUGAGCAAAACCUGAACCAUGGAGUCAAUGUGGACGACCUGAAACUGGCUCUGCAGGGACAUAUGAAGGACGGUUACAAGUUCAACCCUGUCAGCCCACUGACACGGAACGAUCCGGGCUACAACUCCAAUCCCUCUCUGGAUGACAAAGUCCACGUCCUGGUCGGGGUCAUUCCUGCUGACCAAGUGUCUCUGUUAAGUGAUGAAGUGGUGCAGAAGUUAAAACAAGUCAGAGCAGCUGCCACUGAACUGGAAAUUCCCCAAAUGGCCAUUCUCACCAAAGUGGACCAGGCCUGUCCUGAGGUGGAAAGAGAUAUUAACAACCUACACAAGAGCAAGUACCUGAAGGAGCAGGUGGAAAAACUCAGCAUGAUCCUGGGAUUACCAGUCAACUGCAUUUUUCUGUUGAAGAACUACGCAUCAGAAAUUGACAUCAGUAAUGGGAUCAAUGAGCCGAUCCUGGCCGCCCUGAACCAGAUGGUGAACUUUGGAGACGACUACGUGGAUGACCAUUAAACCUGCAAACUGCUGAGGCAGACAAUCAAUGAUGAAGGUGUUUAAACACUAAGAUGUAACUUUAAUCUGCAGAGUAUUAUUUUUGGUAACUUUACUAUUAUAUGAUUUUUAUUUUUGUGAUAGGAAGCAUGCUCAAGCAUAUUCAUAGUACGUAUUUAUAGCGUAUAUUCUUGUGUACUAAGAGAGUUGUGUUAAACCAAGUCAAUUCCUUGUAUGUGCACACAUACCUGGCCAAUAAAGCUGAUUCUGAUGCUAAUUGUCUAACUGAUGGAUACAUAACAACAUAAUCAUGUAUGUAGAGUCAGUCUGGCCCCACAGUUCUCUGCCUGUCAACAGUCUGACCUCCAUGGUGAAAAGCUUGUGCUUUAAAGACGAGGCUGUCUGCAGCUAAUA